CUCCCGUAUGUCCUCCAGGCAAAGGCAGCCCAGGUGGAGCAGGAGGCCCGGAGACUGCAUCUGCGGAGUCUGCAGUACCUGGAGCGCUCUGUCCACCUGGUGCUUCUCAACGCGCAUCUGCACCUGGAGAAGGCGCAGUCCUGGCAGAGGCCGUUCAGCACCUGGAUGCGGGAGAUGGUAUCGAAGGCCGGAAUUUAUGAGAACCUCCACCAGCUGGGCUUCCCUGAGCUGGAGCGCGUGGAGGACCCGCCCUUCUCUGGGCUGCAAUGCCGGUGGCAGGAGCAGAGCCACAGCCCCGAGGCCUGGGCCGCAGGGGACUUCCUAUAG